AACGAAUUAACUUGUUAUUCUCAACUUAAUUAAAACAAUAAUCAAAAUUACAAUCAAUAAUCUUCACUAAAACAAGCAAUGACUCUGUCUACAAUGUCCCCUUCAUUUUCUCCAACGUUUUCUCGGUUGAAUCCUUUUUGCUUCCAAUUUUUUUGUCUGUUGCUGACAAGUUAUUUUCUUUCCCCCACUUUCCCACUCCAUUUUUCUUCUCCAAUUUCCUUAAAUUUCCACUCUUUACCUUUUUUCUCUUAAAUUACAAAAAUUUCUCGUAAAAACUUUCCAUUCAAUUUUCCUCUGUUUUUCUUCCCCUGUUUUUUUUCUUUUGUGUUGAAUUGAGCUAAUUACAGUCUUAUUUUGAUGUUUUUUUUGUUAUGAUGGGUGUUCAUAAUUUGUUCUUAAACAAAACCAAAUUCUUUUAUAUCUUUAGAAAAAUGUUUUUGAUCAUCAGGGUUUCAUGGGUAUUGUUCUUCACUUGUUUCUUUACUUUGUUUGGAUUAACAAGGAAAUGUCUUUUCAGAUUUAAGCAAAAAAUAAUAACCCAGAAAAAAAAUUCCAAUUUUAGAAUGAUUCAACCAAAGGAAGAUCAUCAGUAUCAGAGUAAAAAUGGAAAUAUUACUAAGGUGGAUAAUAGUUUUUAUGGUGAUGUUGAUAAGAGUGAGGAGGAGGAAGAAUCAGAGCCAAAACUCAGGUUUCGUUUUCCUUCUUAUGAAGAAUUUCUUCAAAAUACUUGUAUUUUACAUGAAAAUUCAGAUGAUAAAUUAUUUAUUGUUGAAGAGUUUUCUAAACCAAUAUGUGAAGGUAACCCAAACGAGAACAAGGGUAGUUUCUUAGAUGAAUUUGUUCAUGUUGAAAAUGUUGUCUAUGAUUGUGAGAUUGGGGAAAAUUUAGGAGAAAUUUUGGUUGAAAAUGGGGAAGAACCAGUUUUAGAUUUGAUUGAUUCAAGGAAAUGUGAAAAUGAGUUGUCUUUGAAAAGUCUAGGAAAGAUUGAACGUGUCAUGAAGAAUAGUCCUAGUGAUGAUGAUGAUGAGUCUUUAGUGUCUGAUUCUGACUCGGAUUCGAUUGAUCCGAGUAGUGUAUCGACCUUUAGGAGUUCGAUUAUCGAUUCGUUUAGUGAUGGAUUGUUGUCUGAUAUUGAUUUUGAAAGGGCAUUUGAAAUUGAUACUUCCAAAGAAUUUGGUGUCAAUGAGGUGAGUUUAACUAAGGAAGCCUGGGAAAAUGAAGAUAUAAUAAUGCAAAAUUUGAGUAAAGAUUAUGAUUGUGAUGAGGAAGAUGAGGAUAUAAUAGAUGAACUCAAGAACUUCGAGUCGAAUUUGGAUGGUGAUGAUUUGAGUAAAGGAUAUGAAGCCGAUGAAUGUGAUGAUGAAGACGAGGAUAUAUUAAACGAACUCGAUAAUUUGGACAAAGAACAAGGAGAACAAAAGGAAAACGAAGAAAAAACAAGCUCGGGAGAGCAAUUAUCCUCAGAUUCGGACGAGCAAAAUGGGCUCGAAACACAAUGGGAACAUCAGGAUUUAGUAGAACAAUUAAAAAUGGAGAUUAGGAAGGUUCGAGCAAUAGGGCUUCCUACUAUUUUAGAAGAGUCCGAAUCACCAAAAAUCACGGAUGAUCUUAAACCGUGGAAGAUUGUAGAGAAGUAUCAUCAUGGGGGUACCCUAGAUGAGCUACACAAGUUCUACAAAACCUACAAGGAGAGGAUGAGGAAAUUGGAUAUACUAAACUACCAAAAGAUGUAUGCAAUUGGGUUUCUUCGUUUAAAAGAUCCGCUUCAAUCAUUUACGAAGAACAAGAUUUCAACCUCGUCAUUGGCAACAAUCGUUUCUCUGGAUUGUUGGCCUUGUAAACCAAAACCGGUAACAGAAAUCCACCAACCCAUAAUGAAAAAGUUUAGCAAAGACCUCGAGAGCGACUUGGAGAUGGUUUAUGUUGGGCAAAUGUGUCUAUCAUGGGAGUUGCUUCGUUGGCAAUAUGGUAAAGCUGUAGAGUUAUGGGGUACCGACACACAUGAAAUACAUCGAUACAAUGACGUUGCUGAUAAAUUUCAGACAUUCCAAGUUCUCUUGAAUAGAUUCUUGGAGGAUGAGCUCUUUCGAGGCCCAAGGGUGUACAAUUAUGUUCGGAAUCGUUGUGUUAAUCGAAAUCUUCUUCAAGUCCCUUUAAUUCGAGAUGAUAGCUCAACGAGGGGUCGAAGGAAAGAAAAAAUAGUCAUAAGCACAAAAAACGCUAUCAUAAGCUCACGGCUAGUGGAGAUCAUAGAAGAAUCAAUUCGAAUACUGUGGAAGUUCAUUAAAUCAGACAAAGAUACAAAUAAUAACAACGCAACACUGUUAAAAUGUCGAAGGGGCUCUAAAGCUGAACUCCAAAACCCAGCAGAUACUACUCUCUUGGAAGAAGUUCGAUCCACCCUACAAAAAAAGGAAAAGAAACUGAAAGAAUUGGUACGGAGCGAAAAUUGCAUUUUGCGAAGAAUACAAAAACAUCAAGUAGAGGAAUGGGAUCAUGCCUUAUACUUCUUUUCUCAGGUGGAUUUGAAAUUAGUAAAUAGGGUGUUGAACAUGCCAAAGAUAAGUACAGAACAAUUAGUUUGGUGCAGAGAUAAACUUAACAACAUUCACUUGGUUGGUGGAAAAUUGUAUGCACAGCCUUCAGUUUUACUAUUUCCUUGCUCAUAGUAGUGAUUCUGAUUCAUGUAUAGCAGUAGAUUUUCUUCAAUUUUGGAUAUAAAAAGAAUAAGGCAAUAGAAAAAGAAAUUAAUAGGGAUGCAAAUAUAAAAGAAAUUGCAUGUAAACUUAAAUUCGUCAUUGAAAAUAGGAAUUCUAAGGGAGCGCGUUUGCCCCACCAAUUAGCGUUCAAAAAAUUAAAGGAAGAUGAUGAAAAUAAUAAAGAUUGAUGUGAAGGAAAUAGAAAUGAUAAGUCAAUGGGAGAAUAACUAGUCUCUUGAGAGAUCAUCUCUUUAAGAGACGUAUCUCAAGCCUAACCUAUUAAAGAUUGAUAUAUACUUACCGUAUUCUUAAUACCUAC